AUGUCGCAGACCAGGCAGACUGUGUCAGUCACGCAGGGGCACGUCCAGGACCUUAAUUGGUCCCAAGUGGAUCUCCCCGUGCAAUGGAACUCGGAUGACGACGCGGAUUGCUGUUCAAACAUCCUCCAAGGCACGCAAUAUUUUCUCGACAGUUCGUCCAGCAGGGCCAAGUCCACCCUCGGACAAUUGUUCUCCUACGCCGCUGAGCAAAUGUCUCAUCAUCGUCUAUGGGUCUUCGCCGUCGCAAUUUAUGGUUCGUAUGCUCGUUUCUUCCGAUUCGACAGAAGCAGCAUCGUCAUCUCUGCGCCAGUCAAGUACAUGGAGAACUCUCGCAUUUUCCUCGAAUUCUUCUGGCGCUACGCUCGAUUGGAUGCUGUAACACGCGGGUAUGAUCCCACCGUCUCUCCUGCUUCAUCCCCCGAAUGCGCUCUGUUCGAUGCAAAGAUCAAGGAAUAUCUGGAACGCGCAGAAAGAAGGAGAUUGCGUAAAUAUCCGGGUGUUGAAGAUCUUACGAAUGAUCAAUAUGUCACCUCGAAGGUACGGGUGGACGAUCGUGAUGGUGGCGUCUCCUAUUGGAUUGUUCGAAAACCUCUGGCUCAACCUCAUCUGCUUCUCCCUUGUGGGAAAAACACCCGGGGAUACAUAGCUGUAGAAGCACCAGAUCUCGAUGCUUCGGGCCUGCCUCUCGGGGACGAGAAUGAGGCCAUGAACAAGGAGGAUAGGUGUGAGUUGUACUGGCUCAAGGAUUCUUGGCGUUUGGAGGAAUGCGAAGCAGAGGCAGAUAUCUAUCAUGAUCUGAAGAAAGCGAAGGUAUCACAUGUUCCCGUGGUCAAAUGUGCUGGGGACGUCCUCCAAGGUGAAAAUGAAGAUGGGGAUGUGGACGAGGAUGAGGAUGGGGCUGAAGAAGAAGAAGAUGUGGUCGAGGAUGAACAUGAUGAGUGUGACGAUGGGGGCGAAGAUGAGGCCGAGGAUGGCAUUGAUAGAGAAGUACAACAGACAACGAACCAAAAGUGGCUCAGUCAUCCCGGUGCCAGAACUAUAUGGAAAGGAGUAACAGGACGGAUUCAACCCUGCAUCCAUCAUCGGGUCGUUCAAGAAGUUGUUUAUCCCCUGAGCUGCGUGCAGAGUGCAAGAGAGCUCGUACGCGCGACGCGCGAUGUUCUCGAAACUGUAAUCGAGGCGUACUACAAUGCCAAUCUUCUCCACUUAGACAUCAGUAAGGGCAACGUGAUGCUGACGGAGAAGUUCACUGACGGUCAGGACGAGUCUGGGGUGCUUAAUGAUUGGGACAUCAGCCACUUCGUUGGCUUAGGCACUCGACAUCGUUCGGGAACCUGGCCAUUCAUGUCCAUUCAGUUACUCGAAGAUCCGAAAAAAACCGCAUGA